AAUCCGGAAAACAGUGGCUGGCGCGUCGGGUGCGAUAGAAUUGCCCGUUUUUCAGACCCCAAAAGUCGCUCCCAACCGAGUCGUGCACCUAUAGUCUUGGCCCGAAGUUGCUCCCAUGAAUAAAAAUGUUCGCCUGCUGCGGAGAUCCACUGAAGCGCUGAGCCAACGCCAACGGUGGUGCCACUGAGAUCGGAGAUCGGAGAUCGGAGACCGGAGACCGACGAGCACACAAGGGAUUGUGGUUAGAUCCGAGGAACCCGAGCACUCAGCUAUACUGGAGCAGAACGGAGAAAGCACAAGGGGUGCCGAGUCGCCCGACGCGAACCAGGAAAACCGAGCGACGUGUUGGUGGACCCCGUGGGCUGCGAUGGGUUGCUUUGGGUCGCCCACCUCCAAGCAGUCGGACGUGAACUCGGAGGACUCGAAGAGCCAGAAGCGCCGGAGCGAUGCAAUAUCUAGACAGUUGCAGAAGGACAAACAGCUCUACAGGGCCACACACAGGCUGCUCCUCCUGGGGGCGGGCGAGUCCGGCAAAUCAACCAUAGUCAAGCAAAUGCGAAUAUUGCAUGUCGACGGAUUUUCUGACUCGGAGAAGAAACAGAAAAUUGAUGAUAUUAAAAAGAAUAUUCGAGACGCUAUCUUGACUAUUACAGGAGCCAUGAGCACACUUAAUCCACCUGUAGCUUUAGAAAAGAAGGAAAAUGAACCCAGAGUGGAGUACAUUCAGGAUUACGCAUCUAGUCCGGACUUUAAUUAUCCUCCUGAAUUUUAUGAACAUACAGAAGAACUAUGGAAAGACAAGGGCGUUCUUCAAACCUAUGAGAGGUCGAAUGAGUAUCAAUUAAUCGAUUGUGCGAAAUACUUCCUGGACCGAGUGAGCACAAUCAAGAAUCCAAACUACACCCCUAAUGAGCAGGAUAUUCUUCGGUGCCGUGUUUUGACUUCUGGAAUAUUUGAAACAAGAUUUCAAGUGGACAAAGUAAACUUUCACAUGUUCGAUGUCGGUGGCCAGCGGGACGAGCGUAGGAAAUGGAUUCAGUGUUUCAAUGAUGUAACUGCUAUUAUAUUCGUAACUGCGUGCUCAAGUUAUAACAUGGUUUUGCGGGAAGAUCCCACCCAGAACCGACUUCGAGAAUCUUUGGAUUUGUUCAAGAGUAUUUGGAACAACAGAUGGCUUCGCACGAUUUCUAUUAUACUAUUUUUAAAUAAGCAAGAUUUGUUAGCAGAGAAAAUUAAGGCUGGAAAAAGUAAAUUGUCGGAAUAUUUCUCCGAGUUUAACAAAUACCAAACGCCAAUCGACACAGGUGACGCAAUAAUGGAAUCCAAUGACGACCCAGAAGUAAUACGAGCAAAAUAUUUCAUACGAGACGAGUUUCUGCGUAUAUCUACCGCUAGCGGAGACGGAAAACACUACUGCUAUCCACAUUUCACAUGCGCCGUUGACACAGAAAACAUUAAACGUGUGUUUAAUGAUUGCAGAGACAUUAUUCAAAGGAUGCACCUUCGUCAAUAUGAAUUGUUAUAGGUUAUCCCCAUCGCCGUAAUGCAAGUAAAUAAAAAUAUUAAUGACUUACUGUUUUAAAUAUAA